UAGCGCCACCUACGCUUUGCUGCAAACUUCCCUGAUUGUCACUCGGGAGCGUCGGUGACGUUUGUCUACUCAGAAGAAUAGCAGCACUUGUAAAAGAGAGCAUUAGAAGAUUGCUACUUGGUAGACAAGAGAAUGAGCUUGCUCCACCGUUCUGUAUUUCAUCGCCGGGAAAAGAACAAAAAGUCCCACGACCGCUCCCUUCCACCGCGGCAGAUUUUACCAGUUUCGUCGAUUCAAGCUGGUGCUCAUGGGGGUCAGAUAUCCGAUCUCGUUGUAGAUCGGCUCAAGCGAAAUGAUCCGGAACUGACACGCUUGACUCUCGACAGGGCUCUUGACUGCUACGUGCGUCGGUCUUUCAAAGAACUCUUGGAAGCAUUUUGUGGCAAUGCCAUGGUACAAGCAGUUCAUCUAGGUCCAUACUUUUACGGCAGUCUCACCGACGCACAGUUAGCAGACGUUUUUAAAGCAAUGGGAGCUUUGUUUGUCAACCUGGAGGUGCUGACGAUUGGGACUUUAGAGCGAACGUAUACAGCCAUUCCUGGUGCUUCUCUCGGUCAACUCGUGAAGUCCGCCCACAAAUUGAAUAUUCUGCGAGUCGAACGAUUUGUAUCCGUUUCAAAUGAUGAUCUACAGAUGCUUGCGAACUGCUUUAAACGUCACCCUUCUCUCCAGCGCAUCUCGAUACCCUUUCUUCACUACGAAGGAGGCGAGGAACCGCAGAACAUGGAUCCUUUGUUUACUGCAAUCGCAACUCUCCCUAAACUCGAAUCUCUCCAGAUUGGGCUCUCCCCACCUUGCUACGAUCAACUUCAUGAAUAUUCCCUUUGCUCCUUGUCUACCUUUGCGUUAAGCUCAAUCAUAACCUCGAAAACACUGACGUGGUUUGCCCUGCAUCACUUUGAUCUGAGCGAUGUCCACGUGAUGGCGAUGGCAACUUCGCUCGCCAGCGAUUCCUCUCGCCUCCGUAUAUUGGACUUGCCUGGCAAUCGGAAAGUUACCACACUUGGCUGGCAAUCUCUGUUGAGUGCCUUGCAACAAAAUUGCUAUCUUGAAACCAUCGAAUUGUACGCCCCACGGGAAGCUCAAAGUACACGCCGCGCCGUGUACGUGCAUCUAAGGCUGAACCGCAAUGGCCGACGCCUCGCUUUGCGAGACGAGCUGAUAUCAAAGCGAGAAUGGCUGGACACGAUUGGUAACUCAUAUUCCAAUGACUUGCUGGCAGUCUAUGUUCUAUUGCGCGACAAUCCCUCCAUCUGUUGUCCUUAG